UUUUGCUAUGCGCAUGCGUAUUGGUCUAACUUGCAAAGUUGUCCGCUCGGACACGACCCCAGACCCCUGCACAAUCUUGGUUGUUCGCUGUACGUACCAGAAGUGAAGUACGAGGAAAAAAAGCAUCAUGACUUGGAGGAUAUGUGCAGCCUUCCUCUUUGGAGUCUUCCUCAGUGGACUGAAUGCAUCCAGACCGGUAUUAAACCAAGAACUUUCCAACCUUUUCAACGAGCUCUGGAGACUGGAUACGAAUCGAAUGACGCCUGGUGUAGAUUACACCGUCUCUGUUCAAGGUCGAGCCGAGUUUGUGAGCCCUGGAAGUCAGAUUGUACUUGAUCAUGCUUCUUUGCCGCUUUUCUCCAAUGUCAAUGAAGUCAAGAUGAGGAACACCACCACCAUCUCCAGGCUUUUGAGGUUGCUGGAUAACUACGAGAGGUCCACCGGCGUGGCUGAGCAAGUCACCGCCGUGGAGCGGGUAGAGACCAGCCGGUUCCUGGACGCCAUCCUAGAGACAGAAGUCAUGAAGCACACUCACAGAUAUCUAGUGAGUAAAGGACAGUCUUCAUCUAACUUGAGACACUUUAAGAAUCAGCUGCUCCUGAUCUGGUUUCACCUCUACCACAGACAGAGGAACACUGGGCCUGACUCCUGCGGCUUUGAGCAUGUGUUUGUUGGAGAGAUCAAAUCUAGCAGUGAAAUCACAGGCUUCCAUAACUGGAUCCAGUUCUACAUGCAGGAAAAGGGCAGUCUGUUGGACUACAAAGGCUACAAGGCUAGACAACACGACUUGCCCGACGAGGACGACCAUGUCAUGAGCCUCCAGUUCAGCUGGCACAGCGUCCUCAAACCCGUGGGCAGCUCCUUCAUCGGCACCAGCCCCGAGUUCGAGAUGGCCCUCUUCACCGUUAUCUUCCUCAUGAACACGGAGAGAAGCACCACAGUACUGGUCAACAUCGACCAGUGUCAAAUGGAGCUGAUGGUCGUCCGACACGGACGCUCCCUCGGCACCGCCUACCCCAGACUUCUCAGCAGCAACAGUAGACACAUUAGGCAGCAGGCGUAAUGAUCUUCUGAUUUUAAUUCAGCUUUGCUUUACAGCGUCCCACUGAGAUGGUAUAGCGCUUCUCGGGAGACCAGGCCGAACAAUAAUAAAAAUAAAUCGACUGAAAUGUAAUGUGUUAUAAUACUGAUUUAACCAUUAAAGGUUUAGCAAUAAAACAA